AUGUAUUUUUUUAAAUUAUUUUUAUUUUGUAUUAUUUCAUGUUUAAUUGGUUUUGUUAUUUCAGCUAAAUUGGAAUUGUGUGAGAAUGGAGGUGUUUCUUUUCAAGGUCAUUGUAUUUGUCCUCCUCAUUUUAGAGUGGAUCAUAAUUAUAAAAAUAAAGAAGAAAAGAUUAAACUUGAAAAAGCUUUAAUGAAUUUCUAUGAGAUGUCCGAUAAUCCUUUGGGAUAUCCUUAUAAUAUUAAAUUAAUGGAAGAGACUUUCCAUGGUAAUUGGGGAUCACCUGCUUUGGUUUACAUGGAGGUUGCAUCGUAUACUCAUCUUUUCGAUAUGGUUAACCAAAGAAUCUCUGCAUUGAAUGAAUCUGAAAAACCAAAGUCAUCCUACCAAUGGUCACAUGUAAUCAACCUAAGUUUGAAUGAUAUGCCACUUGUACCACUAUCAAGACUUCAACAAUACUUUUGUACGAAUUUAAAUACCAGCUAUAUACAAUCCUAUCAUGAGAGUUAUGAUGAAAGAUAUUCUAUAUCUUUAAUGGAGAAAAGUGAUACUCAAUAUCAUGAUGUUUCACAUCAUCUGUUUGAGAAAUAUGAAUGUGGUCUUGAUGGUUGUAAUCAUUAUUAUAAUAGAUCGAUUGCUAGAUAUGGAACACAAUGGCAUAUGCUGACCUACAAGUUUGUUCACUUUAUGAUCAGUGAUAUGAGAGCAAUCGAAAGAAUGUUCCAAAUGAAAUUCAGUGUCAUUCCAGAUGAGACCUACUUCCAACAAGCCAAUCAAAUCUUUAUGAAUGACGUAGAGACCAAGAGAACAUACCACAGUCAAAAUGUAAUCUCAACACAACUACAAUCAAGUACAAUCAAACGACACACCAUGUGGAAUAGAGGCGAUCACAAGAAUCGUUACGAAGUGCUAAUACCAGACUUGGAGCAAUUCCUCAUAAACAAUCGAAAGGAUAAUGAAGAUAAACAUAUCUUUUUCAUUAGAAAAGUAUAUGAUCAAGAAGUAAAAGAUCAUAUAAUCAAUAAUUUUAUAAACAUUAAAUAA